AUGCACACUCACCCAGAGGCCGGAGAGAGCAAGGCAUCAUUCGAAACUGGAAUCAUUCUUCAGAAACACAGAAUUACCCAAACCAUGCCAGAUGUUCCACAUGAUCUGAUCCGGCGGAUUCAGAUCUCGACCAGAAAUGCUGCUGGACUAUCCGGAUACGACCCCAGAGACCCGACACUUCCCGCUCUCCCGUCUCUCUCGGCGACCAUCGCAUCUCUUGAACCUUCCCCGCCAUAUCUACGCUGCAGUCACUGCAAAGGGAGGCUCCUAAGAGGCUUACAGUCUUUCAUUUGCGUCUACUGUGGCAAUCCCCACCAAACCGACGUCGCUCCCGACCCCAUUUGCUUUAAUUCCACCAUUGGGUAUCAGUGGUUGCUCCAGUAUCUCCAGCUCGAUGGAUCGGAAUUGAUUGGACCGCUGAUCGAAAAAAGUGAGUCAAAUCGAGCACAAGGUUCUUCUAAAGGAGAAAGCCCCUUGUCUGAUUCCUUAAACUAUAGAAUAGCAUGGCAACCCGAGUCACAUAAGCAAGACACUAGUGUUUCAGACAAGCAGCCAGAACAGAGUAAACAAUCUUUGAAUUUAACUGGAGCUGAUCUGGACAAUUUCUUUUCUGAGCCAAAGAGGGAUGUUUCUGAUAGAUCUUUUGAACAGCCAGUAACUAUUAACCAGGUCAAGACUUCACAGUUAGAAGUUGAAGAUCCUGACAACCUAAAUUUAUUUCAGAAUGUUCAGCCAUCUGAUCCAGCUGUUAAUGUUGAUGCAUUUUCUGGAUGGGAGGCAGAGUUUCAGCCAACUGCUUCUGAAAAUAAACAUGGUGGUUCCAAUACAUCUGACCUUUUUGUAAGUUCCUCCGUGGAUUCUGCAGAGAAAUUCCAGGAUGCCAAAUCAUUUUACGCUUUGGGAUCCAAGGAUGAUAUUUCUGCCCACAUGGAAUCUAUGUUGGGACCUGGAUCCAAUCUAAAUGAUGGAAAGUCAAAAGAUAAUUCAGCAGAUUCUCCUGCAUUUGGUGAUUGGAAUUCAAAUGACCUGCGGAACAAUGUGAGCUCCAAUGAGUCCCAGCUAGCUGAGGGUUUCGAUUCCACUUUUGGGGCUAAGGAUGAUAAUAUAUUAGAAAAUUCGAACUAUUCUUCUACUAAUGUUGACAUGUUUCAAGAUGAUAAAUGGAAAACCAACCAAAUGGAUGAACCCGAGAAUAUCAUAGUAAGCAGAGAUGAUGAUGAUUCCUUUGAGGAAUGGGAUGAUUUUACAGGCUCGAAUAGCAUACAGGAUCCUUCUAAAAAUGCUUUGACACAAACUGAUAAUCAAGUUUUGGCUUCUCUUGGAAAGCCUUCAGAGAUAAAUUUGUUCAGUUCAAACAAUAAAUUUGAAGAAAUGAGUUUUGGUAGCUUUUUACAACCUGAUCUCUUUUCUGGCUCACCAAGCAAUCCGAAAGAAAACACUAUUUUGCAAGAAGUUCCUGCUUCAGAGAGGUUAGUUGAUACCAGCAGGCUUUCUGAAGAUGCUGCAAAUGAUGAAGAGAUUUUUGCUGUGCAUUUGUCAAGCUCUAAAUCUGUUGUACUUUAUUCUGGUAAGGUCCGCAACGACGUGAAGGAGGAAUUGUCAGCCAUCAUUCUUGCCCUGUGCCAGUCCUCACGCACAUAG